AUGCGGCGUUGUGGGCGUGUCUGCGCCGUUGCCGUGCCGCCGCAGCUGCAGCCUCGUGUGUCUUUUCCCCGCUCUGCCGCACUGUGCCUCUCCCGUAGUUUGUUCUCCACGAGCAUAAAGCUUCAAAUGACGCACUGCGUCUCCCGCGCGGAGGCGGACGGCUCAAAAGACCUUGGCGACGCCGCGUGGCGAGAGCGACUGACACCGGCGCAGUUUCGCGUCCUGCGGGAGAAGGGCACUGACCCAACCUUCGGCCAGUACGACGAUCACUUCGAGCCCGGGGUGUAUUUGUGCGCCGCGUGUGGGGCGCGGCUGUACACGUCGGAGAUGAAGUUUCGCUGCACCUGCGGCUGGCCGGCGUUUUGGGACUGCGUGCCGGGGGCGGUGCGGGAGGAGCCCGACGCCGACGGAGUGCGCAGGGAGAUUGUGUGCAACGCGUGCAACAGUCACCUGGGCCACGUCUUCCGCGGGGAGGGGUUUAACAACCCCGCGCCGAAUGAGCGACACUGCGUCAACGGCACCUCCAUUCAUUUUCAGCCGCAGCCGUGA